CAAGAAAACGGUGCCUCUGACGUGGCAGUGGGGCGGAAGCCGCUGUUUUGUGUUUUGCAUAAACUGUAAUCUCUAUGGUGUUUUGGUUCUGAAGAGGAAGUUGCGAGAGAAAAGAAAGGAGGAGACGUGAUCGGGGUUGUUGAAAUAAUUUCACGGUCCACCCUCUAGGAAACCGAACAGUUGACGAUAAUUCAAGGAUCAAAUCGUGGAAGAACAGAGUAGUUAAAGCCAUCAGCUGACUCCCAGCAGGCAACAACGGGACCAGUUGAGAGCAACUGCACGCUUGUGUGUGUGUGUGUGAGUGAGAGCCAGCAGCAGCAGCAGCAGCGGAUCAGAAGCAGGAAGCAGGAGGUUUGAUUGACACAGGCUAUGGCCAAUCGGGGAGGAGCCACGCGCCCCAACGGGCCCAACGCGGCCAAUAAGAUCUGCCAGUUCAAGCUGGUGCUGCUCGGGGAGUCAGCCGUGGGCAAGUCCAGCCUGGUGCUGCGCUUCGUCAAGGGCCAGUUCCACGAGUUCCAGGAGAGCACAAUAGGAGCUGCCUUCCUGACCCAGACGGUGUGCCUGGACGACACAACAGUCAAGUUUGAGAUCUGGGACACCGCCGGACAGGAGCGAUACCACAGCCUGGCGCCCAUGUAUUACAGAGGGGCACAGGCAGCCAUAGUAGUCUACGACAUCACUAAUGAGGAGUCGUUUGCGCGGGCGAAGAACUGGGUGAAGGAGCUUCAGCGGCAGGCCAGCCCCAACAUCGUCAUCGCACUCUCUGGAAACAAGGCCGACCUCGCCAACAAGAGGGCCGUCGACUUCCAGGAUGCCCAGUCCUAUGCAGAUGAUAAUAGCCUACUCUUCAUGGAAACCUCUGCCAAGACAUCUAUGAACGUCAAUGAAAUCUUCAUGGCAAUAGCUAAAAGGUUGCCGAAGAGCGAGCCGCAGGCAGCGGGUCCAGCCAGUGGGCGGAGUCGAGGGGUGGACCUAACAGAGACGGCCACGCCCGCCAAGGCCCCCUGCUGCAGCACCUAGGCAACCGACAUACCCCGCCUCCCACCCACACCACACCCCCACACCACACCCCUCGCUCUGCUCCAGCGCCCUGAUUCGUCAGCCACUACCUGCUCCAGCGCUGUGAUUCGUCAGUCACUGUUGAGAUGCCCCGCCCCCCCAUCUACUCCUCCUUCUCCUCCUCCUUUACUUCCUUACCUCUCAAAACUGUUUUGAUCAGCAAGUAACACGAAAAAGAAAGAAAAAAGAAAAAAAAGCUAAGCCCCACCCCCCUGCUGAUGUCAUCCUCCUGCCUCUUCUCUGCAGUCGCUAACACCACGCCCACGCCCCCGCCAGCCCUCCUCCAAACAGGAAGUGACUAAUGACAGGCCCCGCCUACAAAAGAAAAACAAACGGUCUGGUCUAGUGGAGCCGCCUCUAACUCAGCUGUCAAUCACUAAUGCCCCGCCCCCCUCCCCCAACCUGUGUGUAACCAUGGAAACGGGAGGUGUGGCUUACAUGGGCCCCUCCCCCGUCUCUUCCGGCACAGCUAAAGACUCUAGAGAAAGAUAUUUCUAAUGAAGUCUACUCUUACUCUUACUCUUACUCUUACUCUUCUCUUCUCUUCUUCUCUUCUCUUCUUUUUUCUGACUUGUUCUUUCUUUUUUUAUUUCAUUUGCUUUUUUUGUCUUUUUUUAUUUCCUCUGUCAUCUUGUUUUAAAUGUAUUUAACAGAAUUAUGAAUGCAUGCAUCACUACAACAACAACAACAACAACAACCACAACACCAUCUGCAGCAAAACACAGUGCUAGGGUAAUAUGUGCUGAUCUGUCGAGCUACAAACUCAAGUUUAGUUACACACACACACACACAUGCACAUGCACACAGCAUUACCGAUUUUAGGAGUGUGUGAAACAUGCCUGGGUCUGCUUAUUGGAUGUCCUUAUGGAGAACAGCACACACACACACACACACACACACACCUUCUCACCUAUAGAGCCUAAUGGAGAUUUCUUUUGCUCUUGCUUUUUCCUUCUUGCCCCCUUCCUAAUCUGUACACACACACACACACACACACACACACACACAC